AGUGUCAACAUUUUAAUUUUGUACGUUUUGAAUUUCGCAGGCUGGGAAUGUCAACAUGACGUAAAGCAGAAAAUCAUUUGAUUAAGGUUCUUGUUUGUUUGAAGGUAUAUAAAUUAUAAAAAUGAUAUCUUGCCGACAAAUCUUACCAAAUUUGUGCAGAGCCGUUGUGAAAAAAAACACGCGAAGAGGGUUUUUUAAGCUGAGUAAAAAUAAGAAAGAUUUUGGCGCUUGUAAUGUAGUGGAGAUAGGUGAAGUUUCGCCAGAACGAGCAGUCCCCGAUCACAUACGUAAACCAGAAUAUUAUUUUCAAUUUAUGAGACCGGGAAGUACGUUAGGCGUACCAGAAAUAAAAAAUCACGAGCAAGUUCAUCGUAUGAGAAGUAGCUGCAAACUAGCAGCACGCAUAUUAGCCAGCUGUGAGCAUCUUGUUCAGAAAGGUACGAAAACUGAUGAAAUUGAUGCUUUCGUGCAUGAUCAAAUCAUAGCUGCAAAUGCUUAUCCAUCGCCUUUGCGUUAUGCAGGAUUUCCAAAAUCAAUUUGUACUUCAGUAAACAAUGUUGCUUGUCAUGGCAUACCUGAUAAUAGAGCAUUAUUGGAUGGUGAUAUGAUCAAUGUAGAUAUAACUGUAUUUUAUAAUGGUUACCAUGGAGAUUGCUCUAAGACAUUUUUGGUGGGAAACGUCGAUGAACGUGGUCGCUAUCUUAUAGAGUGUACGGAGAAAUGUUUGAAAAAAUGUAUUGAACUUUGCGCACCUGGUGUGCCUUUUAGUGCAAUUGGACGACUUAUAACACAAUACUGUAAAGAAAAGGAUUUAGGUGUACUACCCGCGUUUAGUGGUCAUGGCAUUGGAAGUUAUUUUCAUGGCCCGCCAGAAAUCUGUCAUUAUAAAAAUAAUAUGCCAGGUCAUAUGCAACCUAAUAUGACGUUUACAAUAGAACCCAUUUUAACAUUAGGUGGGCCCGAUAUUGAAAUACAGGAAGAUGGCUGGACAGCAAUGACUGUAGAUGGUGCUCGCAGUGCUCAGUUUGAACACACUGUGCUUAUUACGGAGCAAGGUGCAGAAAUUUUAACAAUCUGAACUGCUUGUUUAAUAUAAAAAGAGUUAAAUUUGCUUUCUCGACUAUUUAAAGCAUUUAAAGUUAACAUCAUAUAUUUUAAUCUUUUUAAUUAAUAAUUGUGAUUUGUAUCCCUAAGUACAAAAAGUGUUCAUUAUGAUUGCUACAGAUUUCAUUUUAUGUUUGAAAGAAAACUACGCGUGUGUAAUAAAAAGGAAAUAUAAACAAUUUUAUGUUCGUAACCCUGCAAAUCAAAAGUGAACUAUUCAAUGAAUUGAAAACAAUAUUUUUCCCAAUACAUACCAGAGACAUGUGUGUUGGGAACGUGAUUUUCUCCGUUUUCCUAACGAACAGUAUAACUGCAAUAACUUCUUUUAGCAUAAUUUGGAAAUCGGAUCGAACAGCUUAUGGGAUAAAUCCAGAUGCUUCUCGAACAAACUUCAAAUAAUAUUAAUGAUCAAGAUAAAGCAUUGCCUUGAAAAGUUAUCAUAACUAAAGUGAAACUCACUAAGUAAG